AUGACCGAGCGGAAGUUCACCCGUGGGCUUAACAAACCCGGCAUGGCGGCACAGCUAAGGGAAAACAUCUCACAAGUUGUACGUGAAUCUACUUCACUUACCAAACCGAUUAUAGUAGAACCGAUCGAUUUCGAAGCGUUUGUGCUGAAAAACCGAACCCUCAUACAGAACGACCCCCAGCGAGAGCUGCUCCUUUAUCCAAACGAUGACGUAUCGGAAAUUCUACAACCAAAGAAAUUUCGCACCGUACAUAGUAACAUUCCUGGUCACCACGUGCCGCCCAAACAUCAAACGAUUGCCAGCACCAACGGGUCGAGCAAACGGGGUAGUGAAAGUGGUGGUUCGGCGUCCAGCAGUCAAAACGGCACACCGACCAGCAACCGAUCACAAUCGUCGGUGUCGGCAGGUUCCGGCGUACCGACGGCUGGCGGACUUUUGCUUACCCGGCAGGCAUUGCACACGUAUGACUCGCCGAACCAUCUUAUCCACUACAAAUAUAGCAAAUACGGCGGGACAUGCUACGAUCUGCCACGAAUGUCCCCGUCGGAAGAGUUGCGCGAGGAGGUGUACGAGGUAGACACUGAUCCAGACCGGCUGGAUGAGCAGAUGACACGAUCCCAAGCGGACACGAUCGCCAAGCAGGGUUAUCUGUUCAAAGGUCCGGACACCAACUCCGACCGCAUGUUCGCCCACAUCGGGUCAAAAUCCUUCAAGAAACGCUACUGCUAUCUGCGCCAGGAGAUCGACGGCACGUACAUCCUCGAGCUGCACAAGGAUGAGAAGCAGGCGGAAGCAAAGGCAACGAUAGUGAUGGACUUUUGCACUGAGGUGGUACCGAACCCGAAAAAGGGUCGCUUCUGCUUUGAGCUGAAGAUGAAGAUGAACGAAGGUCAGCACGGCAAAUCGGUCACGUUGGCAGCGGACGAUGAAAGCGAGAUGGAGGACUGGUUGCGCAAAAUCUCGUCCGUGCUGCAACAGAACAAGCUGCAGGAAGAUAAGCGCGUUGCUUCGCUAGAACGUGCGGCUGCACCACUGUUACCGGCCAGCCCAAGCACGAUGCAGUACGGUACGCUAAAGGGGCUGGAACAGAGUAUGAAUCCUCAGCUGAAUCGGUACGCCCGAGAGACGGAUCAAUCGAUCGCGCAGGCACGACGAGACAAUCGGAAGCGUCUGUUCGGUGGACAACAGUUGCUCUACCUCCAAUCUGGUGGGAAUAUCGGUGGAGGUACGAAAAGUACGGUAACGUCCGUUGGUAUGACGCCAGGCUUAAGCAAAUCGGAAGCAUUCAUUGAACCGUACCGGGUGCAGUUUGGACAACGGAUUUUGAUCAAGUGUGAUUCGCUGCGGUUUCGACUGUUAGGCCCAAUCGAUGGAGUAGAUGGACCUCCGGCGCAAGAUUCCGAAGCUCCGCUCUGUCAGAUCGAACCAUACCUCACAAGUGUGGCCCUAUACGAUGCUCGAGCCGGCCGAAAGUUGAGCGAAAAUUUCUACUUCGACCUCAACAAGGAUCACGUGCAAGAACUGCUAACCGGCAGCUGCAAAGCAGAACGACCUCUUUGUGCAUCGCCGAAGGCAAUGAACAAAUCUCAUCAAAAUGGCCACGGCACAUUAAAACCAGCGCGGGCGAAAUGCGACACCAAUGGCGAACUGCAGUUACAUUCCGAAGCAGUCACGAAGGAGUGGCUGGCCCGUGCGAAACAAGCUGUCUUUAAUGUUACCGUUCCCCAUGCGGACAUCUUCAUCGUUGUGCGUAUAGACAAAAUCUUGCAGGGUGCCAUUAAUCCUUCCGUGGAGCCAUACCUAAAGACUACCAAAGAUCCGAAGGUGUUAUGCAAACUGCAGAAGGCGAUUAAGCAGUACGCGCAAAAGUGUGGUCACUAUCGAAUGCCGUUUGCGUGGGCCGCUCGGCCACUGUUUCAGCUGUACAGCAAUGAUCUGGACACGUCGUACGAAUUUCCUGCCAUUUAUCGGCAGGAGGGCACAAAAUUGAAGGACGAAGAGCUGCUGAGGCUGCUGUCCGAGUAUAGGAAACCGGACAAAUUCAGCAAACUGACUGUGAUACCAGGUUCAUUGAAGAUUUACAUUGAAGCGCUAAACGAACUGCCCAAUAACUGCCUUACAAACAGUUUGGUCCCGUUGAAUCCAUUCCCAAUCCCACCAGUAGCAGACCCAACGCUAGAAGUCACAGAAUUUGCCAACAACUCCGAUCAAUACCUCCAUCCGUUCGUCCAUUUUGUGAACCAUUUGUUCGUAUAUCCUCUGCAUCUGAACUAUGAUAGCCAGAAAAUAUUCUCCCGAGCCCGUAACUUGGCUGUGAUCGUAGAACUUCGCGACAGCGAUACGGAAGAAGCCAAGUCUAUUGAGUGUAUUUACGGACGUCCGGGUCAGGAUCAGCUAGUCUCGCAAAUGUCUUGCCCAGUACUGCAUCAUAACACGAGCCCAACCUGGUACGAGGAGAUCAAGUUGCGUCUUCCGCUCAACAUUACUGCCCAGCACCAUCUGCUGUUUUCUUUCUUCCACGUGUCGUGUAAUAUUGCGAAAAAGAAAGAUCUUACCACCACCAGCACGGAGACCCCGGUCGGAUUCGCAUGGUUGCCAUUGCUUGCGAAGGGCAAAAUAAAUGUCGAGGAACAGUGUCUUCCAGUGGCGGCUACGUUGCCCGUAGGAUAUUUGUCGAUUCAACCACUCGGUUUAGGAAGAGGGCAGAAUGCCGGUCCCGACGUGCAGUGGAUCGAUAACCAAAGACCGAUCUUUACCAUCAGCCUUCGGCUGGAUUCAACCGUACUGACAACCGAUCAGCAUCUGCACAAUCUUUUCCUGCACGCCGAGCGAUUGUUGGAACAUUCGAAGACGGUAGCGCCACCGGACACAACGGAAACGUGCAAGAUUCUGAAAGCUGCCCAUGCGAUACAGAGUGGCUCACUGAUCACCUUCCUACCAACGAUACUGAAUCAACUGUUUUCAUUGCUGGUUGCCACAAACAGCGAGGAAGUCGGGCUAAACAUCAUUCGUCUGCUGGUGAAUCUGUUCCACAUGGUAGCUGAAGAAGCCAAGCGUAAGGAACUGCUGAUGGCGUACGUAAAGUACGUUUAUCGCAUUGACAGUCAACCAGUAAACGGAAGCUCCCCGACGUCACAGUGUGUGAACACCGUGCAUGGGGAACUGUGUCGCCAUCUGCCAACGCUGCUGCACCCGAACAAUACGGACUUUUUGCUGGUGAAUAAGUUUAUGAAAUUUUCCGGAAUAUUCUUCGAAGUAAUUGUUAAAAGCAUGGCCCAGUAUCUCCUGUCGACUGGACGCAUAAAGAUGCAACGGAACGAACGAUUCCCGAAAGAGUUUUGCACCCGCAUUGAAGCAUUGUUUCAAGUACUCGUCCCCUACAUAAGCUCCCGGCAUAAAGAUCUCCCAAUGGAAACGGAACAGCUGAACCAAAGUCUUUCGGUGUUUGUGAAACGCUGCCUUUCGUUUAUGGAUCGUGGGUUCGUUUUUCGACUGAUACGACUGUACAUGGAUCGUUGGGGUCCGGGAGAUUCCCGCAUCCUGCAGGAGUACAAGUUUAGCUUCUUGCGGGAAGUAUGUGCCCAUGAGCAUUACGUUCCGUUAAACCUGCCUUUUAUGCUAACGCCCAAUAAUCGUGCGCCGGACUUGCUGCAACAGUUCUGUCUCUCGGAGGAGUACUGCAGGCAACAUUUUCUCGUGGGAAUAUUGCUACAGGAAGUCAAAAGCUCACUGAAUGAAGUCAGUCAUAUCAGGCGUAUGGGGCUGAUCGCACUGAAGGAGCUGUUGGCCAAACACGACCUUGACGAUCGGUAUCAAAACAAGGGCCAGUUGAGCCGAUUAGCGAUGCUGUACGUACCCUGGUUAGGGAUUGUGCUGGAGAAUCUUAACCGCAUUUCCGAUGGCAUGGAACGGAAGGGAAAACAUGACACCGUCGGUACGCACCGUAUGUCGUGUAGCAGUAGUUACGUGUUUGCCCGCGAUUCACUGUCCACGCUGCCAACUGCAACACCAUCAACCGUAACCUCACAGACUAGCACACCAAAGUCCCGUUCGAACCGGGUAACGAUGUUCAUCGAGUACACGAGUCCGAUUCGCUCGUCAUUACAUCUGAAAGAUACGAGCUUUCUGGCGGCAAUAGCCGGACAAUCGCCAGCGCUCUCCAAUGGCCAUUCGAGCAGUUCGCUCAACUCGGAGUGCUCCACGCUCUCGCAGGACGGUACUGUGGUUAUUCGGAAUCAGUUCAAUGAAUCGUGCGCUAACUCGGCUCGUCCGAGCCAUGCACGAUCGGUGAGUGUGACGCAGCCAACCAUCAUCCAGCGGACGGAUAAGUUCUCCGUCACCGAAACCAAAGAUUUGCUAAUUAGCUUCCUGUUCGUGGUAAAGCACCUGUCACCGGAGCACAUGAUUGCGUGGUGGCACAACUGCACCGAGAGUGAAACGGUCCAGUUCUUCACCGUGCUCGAUCUGUGCCUGCUGUACUUCCGCUAUGUGGGCAAAAAGCAUAUACAAGUGCCGGCUGAAGGAGGACGCGAUACGAAGAGUAGCAAAGCGGCCAAGGCAAGCACUCUACCAGCACGAGUACUACCACCGAACAUGACGAAUGGCAGUGAGUCCGGAUUUGAAUCGGGCACCCUAAAUCAUACCGCAAAUCGGGAGAAUCUGGUCGAAGAAACGUUGCGCCUAAAGAAGGCUCUUUACGAAUCGAACUUGGCGACCGAAAUCGGCCUCAUCGUGCUCGAUUGUAUGGGCCUUUACUCGGUGCAGUUUCGCGAUUCGAUGAUAGAAGGAACAGUCCUACCAAAGAUUGCACGGGUUUAUUUACGCUUUCUACAGCUCGGCCAGUCGGAGUCGCUUUCGAAGCAUGUGUUUGCGGCUUUGCGCGCCUUCAUCAAUAACUUCUCGCAAGCAUUGUUUAAAGGCACGGCCGUGCUCUGCGGGCAGCUUGUGUACGAGUUGCUGAAGUGUUGCGAUAGUCGGCUUUCCAGUUUGCGUCAGGAGGCAUGUGCCGUACUGUACCUUCUGAUGCGCAGUAACUUUGAGUUUAGCGGACGAAAAGGACUCACGCGUGUGCAUCUGCAGGUGAUCAUUUCGGUGUCGCAGAUGAUCGGCAAUGUGAUCGGGUUGAACAAUGCACGCUUUCAGGAAUCGUUGUCUACGAUCAACAACUAUGCCAGCAGUGACAAAGCGAUGAAAGGAACCGGUUUCCCCAUGGAGGUGAAAGAUCUGACGCGCCGUGUUCGAACCGUUCUUAUGGCUACGGCACAAAUGCAAGCGCACCACAUGGAUCCGGAGCGAUUGCUUGAGCUGCAGCACUCGCUUGCCAACUCGUACGCUUCCACGCCGGAGCUACGUCAAACAUGGUUAACCACGAUGGCCAACAAUCAUCUGCAGAAUGGAAACAUUUCCGAAGCUGCCUGCUGUUACCUGCAUAUAGCCGCACUGGUUUCCGAAUACCUCAAGCUGAAGGGCUGUUGUGCGGUGGCACAGGGUGCAGAAUCCUUCGCGCGCAUCUCACGCAAUAUUCCACGAGACGAGAAGGGUUUAAAGCUGGAUAGUGGCACACAGGACUCACAGUACACGGAGCAGUUUCUGCUCGAGCGCUUGAAGGAGUGUGCAGAGUAUUUGGAUCGUUCGGAACGACUCGAAUGUCUGGGUGAGCUGUAUCGGUUAAUCAUUCCGAUUCUGGAAUCGCGACGGGACUAUCACGGACUGACGCAGUGUUACGAACAUCUGACGCAAGCCUACAACCGUGUGAUUGAAUUCAACAAGUCGGGAAAACGUUUGCUGGGGCGAUUCUAUCGUGUGAUAUUCUUCAGCCAGGUGUACUUUGAAGAGGAAAAUGGCGUUGAGUAUAUCUACAAAGAACCAAAGGUAACAUCGCUGAGCGAAAUCUCCGAACGGCUGCACAAACAGUAUCGGGAUAAAUUUGGAGCAGAUAACGUGAAGAUAUUGAUGGAUUCGGCACCGGUUGAUCAGUCGACGCUCGAUCCAAAGAUCGCUUACAUUCAGGUAACACAUGUUACACCCUACUACUGCAAAGACGAGCUAGAAAUGAGGCCAACGGAAUUCGAACAGAACCAUGAUGUGGAUACGUUCAUGUACGAAACACCCUUCACACCUUCCGGGUCUGCCCACGGUGCCGUUGAGGAUCAAUGGAAACGAAGAACCGUCUUGACAACACUUCACAGUUUCCCGUACGUUUUGAAGCGUAUCCCAGUACGCGAUCGGCAAUCGCAAGAACUCAGCCCAAUCGAAGUUGCAACAGACGAGAUGCAGACAAAGAUUGCCGAACUGGAGGAAAUUGUCAUGGGUCCGAUCGAUCUGAAGAAGCUGCAGCUACGUCUGCAGGGCAGUGUCGCCGUGACAGUUAAUGCCGGACCGCUUGCAUAUGCAUCCGCCUUUCUAGAUCCGGCCAAAACGAGCGUCAAAAAGUACCCGCUGGACAAAGUGGAAGAGCUCAAGGAAGUAUUUCGUGAUUUCAUAAAAAUCUGCUACACGGUACUUCAAAUCAACGCAAACCUGAUAUCGUCCGAUCAGCGGGAGUACCACAACGUACUGAAGGAGAAUUAUGAAAAUCUUUGCUCGGCAUUGAGUGAUCUGCUGGGGGAAAUCGUGUAUCCGUUGGAUGAUGGAAACAACAAUGCUCAUCGGCACAGUUUGGCACUGUUCAGUGCGAUCAGUGGAGCUCCGACGAAUUCCAGCACGGCAUAAGUUGUUUCAACCGUUAGCGAUGGAUCGCUUUAACGACAAAUGCCAUAGACGCACAACCUAUCAGGAAUGAUCGUGUGGAACCGUUUUGCGGUUCACCAGUGAAACGCGUGAGGAACUUUCAUUUGGCACACACAGCACAUUAACACGUUUGCAGUUGCUUUGGCAGCGCAGUGUAUUACCACAAAAAUAUGAAAACUUUUAACAGUAUGCUUCACACAAUACUACAAAGUAGAUGUCAAUUUCUAUCCCGUUGUAACCUAUUAUUCACUGUGGUCGUGAGGAUUUAUCAGAAACCGUAUGUAGCAGGUAGCGUAGUUCGUGUUGUUUCGUUUUGAAAGAUUAAAAAUCGAAUUUUAAUGUUGGUUUAACGAUUGAAAGUUUAGCGUAACACUCUCUGAUAUUAUUCUGAUAUUGUAUGAAAAUUCUAAAAAUUUAACCGCCUAGCAUAUAUAUUUCUCUUCUUUCGCCCUAAUGUUUGAACAAUGUUGUCUUCAAUUUUCACGUUCAUGCAACUAACUAUCGCCACAGGGAACUUCCAAUAUUUGAAGCCCACACCAUCUCCAACACAGUAAAACUACAUUUCUAUUGGGAACGACAUAGCAAAAGCAUUAAGAUGAGUUGAAGAAGAAGAAAAGAAAACAAAACACUAAUUAAAGGCAUUCAAAUCUUUAGGAGAAAAAUCUUAAAACGAUCGAACCAAUCAACUGACGGUACGGUUGCGGGUCGAUACGGGUUGGAUUUUUCAAAUUGGAACUUACCUCGCAUAACUUAGUUUCAGUUUUUGUGGUCCUAUUUGUGUAAUUGGAAAACGAAACGAACGAAGAUCAGAACGCAUACGUUAGUGCUAGGGAUGAAAUGAUUCGUAGCAUUAAAAAGAAUAACAAACUGUCUUGUACAUAUUUAUGUUGUGAAAGUGAAGCCGUAUUAUUUGUAAAGAGAUGAUUACGUUCCGAGAACGUACAGCAAUCAGUCAGGCAGAGGGCACAUUAUGAGUGUGCCCGUAUCUGAAACCGUGUGAAACCGCAUAUUUGCCAAGCGAAACAAAAUCAGAUAGCAACAGAUGCAUAUAAUUGGAAUGUCCUUUCUAAUUUGAAGGUACUAUAGCCUCGGUAUAUGAUUAGGUUACUCGUGCAUGUAUCAUAUGUGUAAUGAUUUCCUGUACAUUUUGCGUUAAGUAUUUUGUUACUCUUUGUAAGAAUGUGCCGGUAAUAGUCACAGCCAUUAUACCGUAGAAUGUAUAACAUUGAACGUCCUUUGAAAGACGCUCGCUCAAAGGUAAACCUAUCGAAACAUGUAAUGCUUCCUAUCAUACUGUGUAGCGCAGUGUUAAACCCGUUUAAACACAGCCGUGUAAGACAGUAAAGACUGCCAGCUGAAGGGAUAAACUAAUGACUCAAUUUUAUCGAAUCUUACACAAACACCUUUUUAGAAUCUUUGCACCGAUUUUAAACCGUUCUAUUUACCACUCUAUACAUACCUUUACUACUAUACGGACAUACAGUUACAGGAAUGCAUUUUUUGCCCGAUUUUCGUUUUUAUGGUAGGUAGAUUAUAAUUAAAGAUAAUGUUUUAAAGUUUGACGUGCCAGCCAUGUCAGCUUUUGCAUGGAAACAGUAAGGUAAAACACCAGCAAGGACAGUGUAUCGUUAGUCUGCAUCGCUGUAUGAGGCGUCCAAAGGUUAACCAAACAAAUGGCACAACCAGACGAAGCCAGACAGACGCAACAGAUCACAAAUUAUCGGUUUUGCUAUUAUUUAACGUUAGAGCAUAUGGUAAUGUUUUUUUUUUAAAUUAGCUUUAUAACCACCUACCUACUCAAAAUACUGAUUGUUUUAGCUUAUAAAGUACGUAAGAACGCAAAAGGAUGCUUAGCGCUUUCACUAAGGUACUCCAUAGCAGAUUCGCGCGAGUUGGGAAAUUUAUUUAUGAAAUAUUUGCUCGAAAAGUAGUUAGCUCCGAGUAUGUGUGUAUGUCUUUUAGAAUUCUUUUAAAACUUUAUGAUAUAACCAACUAUUUCCGACAACCGCCAAAUGAAUCUACCGGUCUGCGGCUAGUCAGGCGAUGCUGUAUAAGUUGCUUUAACUAAUGUAUCCCGCUAUUCUUGCUGUUACAUAUUCGUGUGUCCCUUCUGGAUCGCUUUCCUUUAUCGUUCUUUUCGUUCCUACCGACGAAAGCUACAGCACUUAUGAAUCUCUCAAGCUAUAGUAUAAUGCGUAUGUAUUAGAAAUAUUUGUUGUUAAAUAUUGUGCAUAUUGUAUGGCUAUUUUCGUAAGCAUUAUGUACCGAUUGUGGACCACAUGUAGUGUAAAACGCUAUGCGGAUUGUAUCGUGAUCAGGUGCGUUUCUGGUCGUUGCGCACAUUGUCGUUGUUAUUCAAUGUUCGUUUCCAUUCGCUUUACGGCGAGUUUAGUGCAGCGUAUUUCAGUUGCUUUAUGCUAUUGUACCGUAUUUGUCUAAUUACUAUCUUUUGGUGGACUAACAGUAAAAAAGUAACAGUAACGAAAAGUACUACAAACACUUAUCCAAUGGAACUAUUUAUCCAAAACAGUUGCGCUGGAUGAUAAUACUUUAAAUGUUACACAAAUGUUCCACAGUGGGCGGCAACAAUGUUAAUAUACAACAUACAAGCGAACAAAGAAAAACCCAUGACUGCACCAAUGCAAACUGGAAUUACUCAGCUAGCAAUUAAGUAGGUGAUAUCAAUGAUAUAUACACAUAUUUGCAAACUAUAUACACCUUUUCAGCAAAGUGGUCGAAAUUAGGAACAAGAAAAAUAAUGGAAAACCCGUAAUUCAAAUUAUAAAUGUACGCUGCGCGGGAAAUUUCAAACGCAAAAAAUCGCAACAAAAAGCCACAAUUUUCUCCCUCUGUACACUGCGCACCGCAGUUGGGUUUAUCAAAUAAACAAUAGUAGAAUCAUUACU